GAAGUCUUGACUGCCGUGCUCAUCGUUUCCUCCCUCGCAACCUCCUUCUGGGCCAGCAAACCCCAACGCGUCACCGAACCCACCAUCAUCACCGUCCCCUGGACUAUCGCCGACCUGCUCCUAUUCGCGGGCGACGCCGCGCGUGAACCGUAUGUCGACACCCCGCUCGAUUUCAUCGAGAAGCCAGUAUGGGACGGCUGUCGCCGCCUGCCAUCGCUGCUGCAUUACGGUGGACUGAACCGACGUCCGCUGCCACGGAUUCCGAACGAUUAUGGCCUGCCACCGCCGACGGGGACCGAGGCGACUAUUGUGUGGGUGGUGUCUGUCGUGCACGCGGUGAUUCAUGUGCUGUGCUGGUCGUUUCCGUUUCCCAGCCAGACGGAGACGUUGCUGUGGCGAGGGAGCAGUGUUAUCUUGCUGACGGUGAUGGCAGUAGAUGGACUAGUCCCGGUGCUAUCGACUCGGCCGUGGUUUGAUUUUUCGUUUGGUAUGUUGUGGAUUUGGGUGCGGGAAGCGAAGAGGCAGACGUUUGUGCGUCGGUGGGUGUUCAGCGUGGCCGUAGACACGGCGUAUGUGUUAUAUAUUCUGGCGAGGUUGGUUAUUUUUGUGGAGAUCUUUGCGGCGUUUAGGUCUAUGCCGACAGAUGUGUAUCGGGAUGUGGAUUGGAUUUCAUUUUGGCCUCAUGUUUAA